CGCUCGGGAAAAUGGCCGAUGCUGGGCCGUCGGACGGAACAGUGAGCAGCAGCCGAGAGAAAAGGGCAGGGACGUGUCGCGGAGCUGCUCCCUGUGUGUACGCGAGCGAGAGAGCGGCGCCGCGGAGCUCUCCGCGCUAGUGCAUUCCGAGCGGACGAGCAAGCCAGACGUGUGCGCGUAUAGCGACGAGGAGAGCUGGUGCAGUUUCGUCGCGUUCGCGUUAACAAUCGGCCAGCUAUAUAUCCUACACAGCCGUCGGCGCGUCGCGCGUGCAAAGUGUGUUUCCGAAGUAUAGCAGUAUAUAUAGCUAGUGUCCGAUCGACGGCCGCAGUGGAAAAAGAGAAGAGAACGCGAGAGAGAGAUAGGUGCGCCGCCGCCGCCGCGACGUUCACGCACACACUCUCAUAUACACGCUCGCGUAUGCGUUCAUCUCUCUCUCGCGCUCUGCCGACGAAAUCAAAAACAACGGGCCAGCAGCAGCAGCAGCAGCAGCGGAGCAGAAGAAAAGCAAACAAGUGCGGCAGCCCCGUCUCUCUCUCGCUCUCUAUCUCUCUCUUGGUCUGUCAGUGGCAGUGCGUGCAGUUUCGGCCGACGGGAGAGAGAGAGAGAGAGCAGAGCAGCGCGCAGAGUGUUGAAAAAGCCAAGUGAGCGAUAAGGAGAGCGCGAGUAGGCGAGCAGAACGAGGGAGAGAGACGGCGGGCAUCAGAGAGAGAGAGAGAGAGAGAGAGAGAGCACCAGUGUGCGCGCUCUCGCUGCUCUGUAUGUAUAUAGUGGAAGACUGGCAGUUACUACUAAGCCGUGCAUGUGGAUGUGUCGCGCGCGUAUUCUACAGCCCGAUGCAGUAGUGUCGUGCACACACCGGAGUGCGAUAUUACACCGCAGCUGCAGCAGCAGCAGCAGCAGCAGCAGACUUCAUCCGAGCAGCAGACAGAUGGCUCGGCGUCGCCGCUGAAGAAGCGGCCCAAGUCCAGCCGAAUUCCACUGCCAGAGCCAAUGCGAAAGAUGGUGGUCAGGUAGUCAGAGAGAGUGAGCCGUUCGCACGCCAGUGCAGAACAAGAGCCGCGCGAGGUCGUCCUCGCUUGCAGGGAUCUCGCGAAGAUGUGAAAAGCCCAGGGGCGGGAUGAAGCCGCAGAAGAAGGCAGUAACCAGCCGCAAGGCAAACACCAAAACACCGGUGCUUGCCAAGAAGCGUCGCGCUUCCCUCGAGAAGCCCGCCGCCGCAGCUGCCGCCGCCGCUGUCCUCGCCGCCGCCGCCACUGGACUCCUCGAGCAGUUCACCGGCAGCAGCAGCAGCAGCAGCAGCAGCAGCAAGAAGGACAAGCGACCCAAGUCCGAGGCCUCGAAGAAGCCGAAGAAGCAGCAGCAGCAGUUAGCUUCGCUCGACGACAAGCCGGCGGACAAGAUGGUGGAGAAAAAGGGCGACGAGAAGGACGAGGUGGCGGCGAGCAAGGACGAGCUCCAGAAGGAGAGGAUCGUCAUCUCGGAGAGCAAGAUCGACGAGCGGAUCGCCAUGCUGCCGGUGAAGAAGAGGCUGAAGGAGGAGCACCGGAAGCGCGAGGCCAAGCUCCUCAAGCUCGAGACGACGAAGGAGACGACGAACCCAAAAAUCGCAACUGCCAAAGAUAGCAAGGCUAAGCCCAGCUUAGCGCACGAGGCCCACGCGGCCCACGCGGCGGCGGCGGCGGCGGCGGCGGCGGACCAGCGCAAGAAGUCACCGGAGAAGGAGACGACGCGCAAGCCCUCGCCGGUCAGGACGAAGAAGGAGCCGAAGAUCAAGCAGCCGCCGAAGAAGAGCAAGAAGAAGCACGCGCCAGCCAGUCUUCAGCCGGUCGUCAAGAAGCCGCUCGCCGAGAAGAAAACGAAGCUAGUCAAUAAGCCCGUGCAGCAAGCGACGCAGCAGCAACAGCAGCAGCAGCAAGCUCCCGGUGGCGACGCCGCGGCUGCCCCCGUUGCAGCGCCACCGGCGAGCGAACCCGCGAACAAGCCGGAGACGAAGAAGCAGGCGGCGGCCAGGAAGAAGUCCGCCUCGCUGCUGGCCAAGGGCAAGAACAUGAUCGCGAAGAAGAUCGAGGAGAAGGUGCCCAGGCCGCCGGCCAAGCUGGCCCAGAAGGCCGCAGCGAAGCAACAGGCCGGCAACCUCAAGAAGGAGGAGAAGCCGCCGGCGAAGAGCGCCGCGACGACGACGACCGACGGCAAGAGCCCCAGCUGCAAGAAGAAGACGUCGACGAUGGCGACUUCGGAGCCCAGUUGCAAGGACGCCGUGUCGGCUCCUGACAAGAUCCCCAACAGCGAGCUCGGCAAGCCCAAGGAAGAGCAGCAGCAGCAGCAGCUCGAACAGCCUGUACACGCGCCGGAGAUAAAGAAGGAGAUCAAGGAGGAGGAAGUGGUGCCUGCCAAGGAGGAGCCGCCGACGACGACGACGACGGCGAAGAAGCCAGCGGCGAAAUCGAAAACUGCCAAAAAGCCGACGGCGACGAGCAGGAAGACGCCCGCGACGAAGAAGACGACGGCGACGGCCAGCGAGACCGACACGGAGAAGGGAGAGAGCACCUCCGACGAGUCCAAGCCCCUCAACCCCUUCCACGCGACCAGCAGGGAGGAGGAGGAGCUGAUCAAGGUGAACCUGAAGGUCGAGGCGGUGAACGGCGACAGCGCGGACAGCGCGAGCAGCGAGUCCGACUCGAGCGACGAGGACUACGCUCGGCGAAGCCGCUCGCGCAGCCACAGGAAGAAGGAGCGCACGCCCUCGGAGGAGCGCGCCAUGACCAACCGCAUGAAGCUCUUCGGCUUCUGGAGCGGGCCCAAGCGGCACCGGGUCGCCUCGCUCAACGCCCUCGCCAAGGUGCACUGCCUCUACGAGAACGAGAACGGUGGCGUCUACCUCGGCGGCUUCUGCAAGCCCAAGCCCGAAAAGGACGCCGCCGCUGCCGCCGCCAAGCUGCGCAAGUGCAAGGAGGAGAAGGACGACAAGGAGGCCUCCGCGACGCCCAAAUCGCCGCAGCAGCAGCAGCCCUCGACGCCGAAGAAGGAGAAGAAGCAGCCGGUCGCCAAGUCCAAGCAGUCGCCGGCCGCCUGCGAGGAGCAGACGCCUGCCAGCAAGAGGAAGCUGCGCAACGUGCCCGGACUCCGGGGCAAGCACUACGACGUCCUCGACGCGCUCACCUCCUCCGGCUCGUCCUCCUCCUCCGACGAGGACCUCGAGCUGCGCAAGGAGCGCGAGAAGGAGCGCAAGAAGCGCGAGAAGGACAAGGAGCGCCAGGAGAAGGCUCGCGAGAAGCGCAUCGAGGCGGAGCACGAGCGCGAGCGCAACCACGCCGAGGGUAUCGAGGAGACGCCGGUGGUCAGGAAGCCCAAGCAGAAGCGUCGGAAAAAGAACGCCGAGGUGAUGGACCUGAAGGACAUGGUCGUCUGCAAGCGCAUGGCCAGCCUGAACGCCUCGGCCAUCCUGGCGGCCUCGUACUCCGACGAGAAGAACCGACUGGGCACGAGCAGCGACUCGUCCUCGAGCAGCGAGUCCGACGUCGAGUUCAUCAAGCGGCGCCGGCAGAGCGACUCCGAAGUCGACAAGAGGAAGCAGCGACAAGCCGGCUCGGACGCCGACGAUCUCGUCAAGCCCUCGAAGAAGGUCGUCAUCGUCAAUCAGGACACCGACGUCACGAUAACAGGUGUCUACGUCAAUCAAACGCGGUCCACUCAUCACGAGGGGUUCUGCAGCAUCGCCGGAAUGCAGUACCGAAUCAGUUCCACCAGUCACACGCAAACUGCCGCAACGGCAGUUGCCACGGAGCUGCACGAUCAGAAGGAGCAACCGUGCAAGUCUUACACACCUCUCGGGGCGCUUUCAUCGAUGCAGCCACCCGGCUCGCAAGGCAACCACUCGAACAUGUCUCCUCGGCGGCACUCGGCUUUCUCAGCGCCACAUCAGCAUGGAUACUAUCAGCCGGCUGGUCCGCUGAUACAGCAUCCGCCGACGUUGCCGCCGGUGAAGGGGCCGCCGCCUGAACCGACGCCGACGCCCCCGCAAAACUCCGAGGGCUCGGACGACCUCGUCGCGACCUCCACCACCUCAGGCGGCACCAGCAGCACAGGUGGAGGCUUCUAUCGCGCUUACUGCCCGCAGUAUUACGCGACGCCGCCACAGUACCAGGAGCUCUGCUACCCGCCCUCCUACUCGCACUCGCACCCACACCCGCCGCCUUAUUACCACAAGUAUGCGCCUCCCUAUCGAAGGCAGUACUACGCGUAUCAGGAGACAGGGGCAGGCGGUGGUCCAGGCGGCUCCGGCGCAGGUCCCGGGGUCGUCGAGUACCAGCCGCCUCCAGGCGAGUACCUGCCGCCGUAUUACGCCGGGUAUCCGCCGCCCCCGCCACCGCCUCCGCCGCCGCCAAAUCCCGCAUAUAUGCACUCUCAGGGACGACCUUUUGUAGACCACGCCUUCCAAAGCUGUCCGUGCCCUAUGCAGUCGUGUCCAAAAAACGCGGAUACUGGGCCCCUUAUUGGUAAUGGUAAGGGAGCGCCAGUAGUAUCGGGGCCCGGUCUGUCAUUGCCACCCAGCGCCUUGGUGGGGCCGCCCUCGCCGGCGCGGGGUCUAGCCGGGCUAGCACCCCCGCACGGCGCCAACGCCUGGGACACGGAUCGCGUCCAACUCAACCCGGUUCACCGCGGUAACGUUGCCGCAGCCAAUCAACAGCAGCAGCAGCAGCAACAACCAAAACAGCAGCAGCAGCAGCAGCAGCAGCAAGCCUCGACGAGCGCAGCUGCAGCCGCCGCCGCCGUAGCCGCCACCGGUUCGGAUAAAGACAAGUGCGAGGUGAAGCUCGAGAAGAGCGUGUCGCCGGCCGGCGACGAGGCCGCUUUGGACAAGCCGCCCUCGAACGCCUCGGCCUCUCCCUCGACACACCACCACCACCACCUGCACCACCACCACCAUCACCACCACCACAGCCUCAAGCUCGAGAACAACAACGUCAAGUGCGAGUCGCGCAGCUGCCUCGCGAUAGAGGACGGCAGCGCCGCCACCAGCUCCGCCGAGACAGCCCUCCAGCCGAAGGUCAAGUGCGAGAUGCUCAAGUGCGAGCAGUGCGUCAAGGAGGCCGCCGCGGCCAGCAGCCAGCUCGCCAUCUGCGAGAUGGACAAGGACUCGGGCAUCCUCGACGACGACGCGGGCAGCGGCAAACUCGAGACAGACACCGAGGUCAAGGAGGAGCUCAACGCACUGAACGUCUUCUUUUCUAACCAGGCCGACGCCGACUGGAAGAAGCCGGACUACGAGCCCACCGCGCCAGAGCCUCUCGUCGAAGAAGAGGAGACGGGGGAGGACGAAGAGGAGGUCGACGAGGACGAGGAGGAGAACGUUGACGAAGAGGAGAAGCCCACCUCCGAGCAGCAGCAGCAGCAACACAAGCGCCAGAAGCUUACCAAGAGGAAGCUGUCGCUCGACAGCCUCUCGGACAUCGCCAAGCUGAAGAAGAUCAACAAGCGGACCAUGUCCGUCGGCUCGCCCAGGGAACUCGCAGCGACGCCUCCGGUGACCAACGGUCAAGCGGUGGAGACCGAGCCCGCGCAGAACGGCACGACCGACGAACCCACCUCGGAUCCGCAGAGUUCGCCUUCCACUCCCACGCAGAAGAAGAAGCAGCCGACGAAGAAUGAGCUGCAGAGUCAGAAGCGCAAGUCCGAGGCCACCGUCAACUCGGCCGAAACGCCGCCGAAGAAGUCGAAGAGCGGCAAGACGAUAGCCAGCGAGACCUCGAUCAUGGAGACGAUAGACAACGUCAUCCAGCAGAGCGUGCAGAUGACGGCGAAGCCCGCCAAGACGAAGAAGGCCAAGAACGGCAAGGUCGAGAAGAAGAACAAGAAGAACAGCGUGAACCUUCUGUCGACCAUAAAGCGCGCCUCGAAAAAGCUCGACAUCGUCAAGGCGGUCGUCAGCGAGAAGUUCGGCCUGAUCAAGAACGAGAUCAAGAACAGCCAGCAGAAGAUCAACAGCAAGGUCGACGCUAAGCUCAAGUCCAAGGUGCAGAACGUCAAGACGAAAAACAUCAAGGUCAAGGCCAAGAUCCUCCAGGUCAAGACCAAGGUUCUCGAGGCGAAGAACAACAAGCUCGCGGAGGUUAAGAACAACAAGCUGAUCGAGGCGGCGACGAAGAACAACAACAAUAAGCUCGCCGAGCUGAAGAACAACAAGAUCGUCGUGGCCAAGAACGAGAACAAGAUCCUGGAGACCCUGGACAACGGCAAGAUUCUCGAGGUCAAGAGCAACAAGUUCGUCGAGGCGAAGAACAACAAGAACAGGAGCCUGGGCUUGAAGGAGGCCAAAGAAAGUACGGUGGAAGCCAAGGACUCCAAGGAUACAAAAUCCAACGUCGUUCCAGUUUUCUCCGCGCCUGUCGCGCACUGCAAGGAGGCAAAGGCUGUUAAGCUGAACAAUUGCGCGAAGAAGGGCAAGGCCGUGCACGACGCAACGGCCGAACCCAAGAAGUGCAAGAAGAAAGGCAAGGGAGCGAAGAAGUCCGUCUGCAGGAGGGACAGCUACUUCAAAAUCGAGGAACACUUUAAAGAACCGCCGGGCAAGUGCCUGCCUCUGAUCAGGAAACCGUUUCUCAAACCCAAGUGGAGCAACGGAUGGAGCUGGGAGGGCGAGGCGUUCGAGGCCAAAGUUUACUUGACUAACGAGGAGUCAGCCAUUCGCCGAUGUUACGUCAGCAUGAGGCACGAGAGCGGGGACGUUCUCCGACCGCUGGACUGCGUCUUGCUGAAGAGCGGACCAAGAAAGGCGGAUUUGCCUUACGUGGCGAAAAUCGCCGCGCUCUGGGAGAAUCCGGACGAUGGUGAAAUGAUGUUCUCGCUACUGUGGUACUACAGACCGGAGCAUACCGAACAGGGUCGUACUGAGUAUGACACCGACGACGAGGUAUUUGCCUCCCGGCAUCGAGAUGCCAAUAGCGUGGCUACUAUCGAGGACAAAUGCUAUAUUCUCACCUUUAAUGAAUAUUGCCGCUAUCGCAAGAAUAUUCGAAGGAUCGAGGAGGGCCUGGACUACCCGGGCCUCAUAGUACCUCCGGGCGAUCAGCUCUACCCACGCGAAGCCCGACAGCCUCCUAUCCCCGUGCCCCAGGACAUGGUCCUCUUCUGCCGGAGGGUCUACGACUAUCGCGGCAAAAAGCUGGUCAAGAAUCCCGGAUGACUCGACUAGCUCUAAGACGAAAAAACAAAAAAAUACAGCAACACCGAAGAGCUGCUCAGGGGCGGGAUCGAAGAAAGAAGGGAAGAAGAAAAUAGUGUGUGUGUUUUUGUCUGCGAGCGACAAAAAAUCAAUUAAGCGAAUAAUUAUUGUGUAUGAUAUCUGUAACGAUAUAUAUCGAGCGUGACGUUAAACUAAAAAAAGGGGAGAUCGAGCGCGCCCUCGGUGGAUUUGACAAUUUUAUAGGUGAAAAAUGAAAAAAAACGAGAUGAAAAUAAUGAUAUUUUUUGCGAGAUAGUCUUUACACGCUCCAAGAGAGAAAACUGGGGGAUAGGAUGUGGAGUAGGAGAUGAAGGGUGAAUAUUUUUCAACUAGCGAUUUAGAGUAGAAUGUCACAACUCGCGACGAAGAUUUAAAAAAAUAAAGAAGCCAGGGGCAUUGACCACUUUAGCGAAGAGAAAUAUCUUAUUGUAUACACGAGCAGGGAUACUACGGGAGAAAUCAACGUUUGCGACGUAAAAAAUGCAUUUUCCGACUCUCCAAAAGCACUUCAGUAGUGAUUACUUUUUGAUUUCGUUCGAUUUUCUUUUAUGCCUUUUUAAUGCUCCAUUUACCAUUUUUUCGAUUUAAUUUUUCAAAGAAGAGAGAACCAAACGAAACAGAAACAUUUUAACUUGGUUCGCAAUUUUUUUACGGAUUCUUUUUUCCAUCAUAUUCUCCGUUUCAAAUAUUUUAUUGCGAGAGUGUAUUAUGACGAUUCAAACUAUCAAGUAUUCAACAUACUUGUGCAUUAUAUGCGUAGCUGUACUAUAGCGUUUUAUAAUAUAGUACACAAAUGAAAGUUCAGAAUAUAAAAUUAUUUACUAAUUAAAUUAAAGAUAUAAAUACUAAGUAUUUAAAAGUCACUAGUAGAAGUAUACGUUGCAUUAGUUGUUUUUGAUUGUUUUUUAGCAAUGAUCAUGCUUCGGGUGAAUAUUCGAUUUUUCGUUUCUUAAAAUAACGUUCUAAUGACGAGCAUAGGUUUUGGUAAUCUAAAUAUUUAACGAAUGCACGUAAAUUUGAUUCUACAAUAGUAGGGCGAUUUGAUACAAACUACUGACGCUUAAGUUUUUAUUUUGCACGAUUUACAUCGUGUGGAUGAGUUUUUAAUUUAUAUACUAUGAAGAUGAUUCUCUCUUCUGAAGGCCUCUGAAAUCUCGAAAUACCUACGUAGGCGAGUUCACAACGCGUAAACAUUACGAAUUAUUGCGGUUGUAAAUGUUUUGCUAAAUAAUGUUUAACAAUGAAUAAAUUAAUGCGUAGUAUUGACGCGGCGAGCAUGUAACAUGGCGCUGUAAAUCGAUGUGAUGAACUACAAGAAAGCGAGUUUUUUGUUUCAUCUGCAGCACGAAUAAUUGUUAUGAUUAUAUUAUAAUAUACUCGAUGGCAAAACGCAUAAUUAUUUGAAAUAUUAGAGAAUAUUUUAAAUAUGAAAUGGCGAUUAUAACGAACUAUUUCUAUUAUACGGUUAUUAUUCUACUUUGUACUAGUUAUAUUCCAUUGAAAUUCCAAGCGAUAGAAAGGAUGUCGUUGAUUUUGAAUAUUUACAAUAGCAAAAGCUGCGUGGCGGGUGUUUUGUUAGAAAUCAUAUUAUUUAAAAUUAAUAUAUUUCUUCUUAUUAUCAUUAUUAUUAAUAUUAUUCUAUUGUAUUAUUUAAUAUCUAAUAUAUUGGAUCUACUCUGACUAUUAAGUUAUUAUUUUCGAAGUGCGAAAGAGUGUGAGAAAGUGAAGUUAAAGAGGCGAGUGAAAACUUGAAAUAAAGUAAAAGAUGCUAAACAGAUGAAAAACAAUAAGAAUAUUACGUUUUGAGAACCCACGUGUAUGUAACAAAUCUUUUGAAUAAUUCCCCAUAAUCAAGACCAAGUAGUUUCUUAGCCAAUUUCCUUUUUUUAUACUAAAGAGAAAGAAAAAUUCGUAUACAAAGUUUUCUCCUUUUUUUCCGAACAAGCAUACUAUUAUAAAUAUCGUGUGCGUGCAAAGUUUUCUAUACUUCUCGAUAUUAUGAUACUAAUUGAGUUCGUCUUCUCCGAGGAAGAUGGAUAAGAAUUGAUAGAAUUCCGCAUACUCGGUUUCUGCAAUUGGUUAAGAUGGGAACAGUGCACGCGUAGGAAGAAAAAAAAGAAGCAUAUCCUCCAUUCGUCUUUUUUGCGUAUGGUCCAUGAGAUUCUCACAAUUCAAGGCGAACGGAUUAUAUUGUAUCCAGAAUCGCGUUUUGUUUCUCGAAGUCUAAAGAGGAGGGCAGAUACGUAAGGAAAGUUCGUUGGCAUUAAUCAAAAAAAAAAGUUAAAGAUAUUGAGAAGGAGAAAGAAAAUGUUGUGCGAAUUGGGUUUGAAAUGUAGUGAGGAGAAUUAAAGGUGCAGUUGCUGUAAACGAUUUUACAUUGUAUUGAUAUUAAUGAUAAAUUUUCAUCGGGUAUAACAGAAUAAGAGUCCGACGGUUCUUCGCAGCGAGAAAAUUGAUAUUUCUCGACGUGUUAUAAACAUAGGCUGCCGAUGAAUUGUUUCAAAUUCAUCAAAUUAUCUGACAAGAAAAUAAUCGUAUGAAUACGAUCGACGAAUUGGAACAAUUACUUUGAAUAUGCCUUUUAGAUAAUGUGAAAAUCAAUAGAUAUCGGGAACUCUCAAACCCCAAAAAGCGCAUAAAUACGAGUAAUCUUUAUGUGUAUUUGACGCUAGUAUGUUAUACAAUUAUAUAUUAAUUAUUAUUUAACUCGUCUACUACUUUUGCAAUGCUGAGAAAGAUUUUUUUGCAUUAGACAAUUGUCAGAUCAAGAUAGACUUUAUUUUUCUUGGGCAUUUAAAUGAGAAGUACAUGAAAACGAGUGUACUAAAACUUUCUUCAAGCCUUGAUCAUAGUGGACUGACAAUAUGUUGUGUAGGCUCGUAAUUCAUUAUUUUUACGCUAUUCGAUUAUAUACUAUUCUCAGAUAAUUAAUAUAUGAUUUUCGAAUAAAUGUAAAUACUAUAUGUGUGGUUGAAUUAAAAUAAAAAAAAUUGUUUUAUUAAUUUGAGUUUUGUUUUAUUUGUUGCAAGAAGCGUUGUCGAGAAUGUCAACCUGUAUAAUUGUAUUGCACGAAAAACUGGGUGUGUUUCUGGUUUUUGUCGAGAGAACCAGUCGUCAGUAUAAGAGCAUAAACAAAAGAAAAACUACUACAAACAAUAGAUACGAACUGUUUUCGAUAUUUUUGCCUGUGAUGUGAAAUGCGAUGUGUAACCGUGCACUUAUCCAAGCAACCUACGACAUUUCGUCUUUUUGUAUAAACGAAUCAGUCGGCUUGAACAUUUUUCAAAACGUCGCGUAAUCUCAUUGAUCAAUGAAUCUUGUGAAAAAAAAACUCUGUAAAGUAGCAUUUAUAAACAUGUAAAAAGAGGUCAAAGUAUGAAAAUCGUGCGAUGAACCGUUGGACCUACGAUAAAAAAAAAUAAAAAAAAAACACAGCUGGCGAGCAUACAAAUACAAUAAAUUUAAAGGAAAAAAAGAGAAGAUUCAGAAUUAUUUCUACACGAGAAUUUAUGAUGUAAGGGUAUAUACAGAAAAAAAUGAUAUACGAAUACAUAUGAAUAUAUUAUAUAUAUUUAGAUAACUAGAGUAACGAAAUAUAUAAAUAUUAUAUAUUAUAUUGUAUAAUUAUAUAUGGAAGGAUAUCGGAGGUGAGAGUUUUUUGGGGUAUUCUCGACGUGUUUCCUUUUUCAUCGCUUACUCUUCUUUUUUCAGAGUAAUCAGGGCAAAGUUUUGAAUCCGGAGCAAUACAAGUGAUAAUUAUUCCCUUUGAUUGAGCAAAGACAACGGGAUAGUCGAAUAAGAAUGGUUAACAAAAUGCAUACAAAAAAAUAUAAAGAAAAAGUGCCACAAUCGUUCCUAGCAAUCUUUGCCCGAAUUCUCUCCGCAGAUUGUAUUGCGAAAGCCGUCGAUCCUUUUUGUAAGUCACUUUCAGUUUCUAUCAUACUUCGGGAUUCCGGAUAAGAAUUUUGCCGAAUCAGAAUGCCAGUCAAUAUUAUGCACUGUAAUCUACGGUAAACAUAUUGUUUAUAUUCUACGGUUCUCUUUAAAAAUUUGUUUCGAAUAACUAAUAUAUGACAGACAAUAAAGUAUAAUUGCUUGAAACACUGUUACACUUUAUGAAUUGAAUUUUAUAGACUAGUUUGCGCUUGCAAUUGAUCGGCUCGUAUAGUUUUAAAGGCAAUAAUUAAAGUGAAUCAACGACCCAGCAUAAAAUCGUAUCCAGUAAAGAUAUUUAAUGUAACGAAUGAAAUUCGAGCUAUAUAAUAAAACGAUACAUUUUUCAUCGCGAUCUAACUUACAUAAAGUAACGAGUAUAUAACCGGAAAACUAUAGGUAAAGUAUUAUAUUCAACCUUUUGAAAAUCCAAUCGAAAAUGUAACGACGCAUAAUUGUAAAUAGUAACUGUAACGUGUAAAUACGCACAGGCUUGUUUCAAACAUUGUUUUUUCGCCUCGAUAAAUUCUCAUCCGGAAUCCCGAAGUCGAUCGUUGUUCUUUUCCAAAGCGAGAACCAGACAGACAUGUAGAAAGUGUGUUUUGCGUGCGCGACUUCUACAAGCGAGCGUGAGAAUGAUUGGGAUUGAGAGUAUUAUCGCUCUGUAAUCAGUACCAUUGAUCAUUCGCCCAAGUAAUCUAUGAAAACAAAAAAGCUUUCAACUCUAAUUUCAAAAUCACGCUCAUAUGCGCAAUGUUUUUUACAAAGUAAUUAACGUACACACACAUUAUGAACCAAAACAAAGUUUCGCUGCAGCACUGAGAGUGUUUGAUGGUACUUUUUAAAGCGUCAACGCGGCGACGGCGUGGAAUGACCCGAGGAGACAACUUUUUUCCGUGAAAAACUCUGUAAUUGUUUCUUCUUUUUAUCAGGAGCUUGUGUCUCUCUCGUACUGUAGUUCUUUAUACAUAUGUGUGCGCUUCGUAGAGAAAAAAAAAAUAACAGCAGAGUGCGCCGCUUUUUCCUCGAAUUAGAGGGAAAAGGGCAAACGUAUAGUUAUAUAUUAACAAAGAUAAAAAAGCUGCAAGCUGUCGUUAUGUUCGUAAGAAAAAUUGUAUCUCGACAAACAAACAAAAAAAAAACACUAUCUCUGGAUAUUCGUGAUUCUAGGCUCUGCGGUGAGGUUGUUAGUAUACAUGCGUCGACUGAUGCGGGGAAAAAAGGUGACAAUUUACGGUCUUCUCUGUGGUGUGUACAUUACGCGUUAAAAAAAUAAUAAUAAUUAAUAACAGAGCGGAACAGGAGCGAGCGCAGUCACGACAUGGGAAGAUAAGACGCACGAGUCGAGUCGAGAGAAGAAUAGUACGGAGAAAAUGCAAAGUUGUAUCAUUGUAAAAAGAGCUGCGACGGAGGCCGAAAUGUUCAAUAAAUUAUUUGAUCGAGCUCGGUGGAAA